UCUCUGUAGAACACAACCUAAAAGGAAUCUUGUGAUUUUCGAGUAAUAUGGGUUACUUCCAUUUGUUGUCCAACCUUCAAUUUCAAGUCUUGUGGUCUUAUUUGUUUAUUUUAAUUUUUGGCAUUACCUUUCUCAAAGGCUUUGCAUCACACUUGUUUAUCAAAACUAAGAAACAGAAACAACCCUUGCCUCCCGGUCCCAAACCAUGGCCUAUAAUCGGUAACCUUCCAGAGAUGCUUACCAAUAGACCUACAUUUCGGUGGAUACAUAAACUAAUGAAGGAAAUGAACACUGAAAUUGCAUGUAUCCGCCUAGGAAAUGUCCAUGUCAUUCCCGUUACUUGCCCAACCAUCGCUUGUGAAUUCUUGAAAAAACAAGAUGCAAUUUUUGCUUCUAGGCCCACAAGCAUAACCACUUCUCUUAUUAGUCGUGAAUAUCUCACCACAACCAUGGUGCCCUUUGGAGAACAAUGGAGGAAAAUGAGGAAAAUCAUUGGGAAUGAUUUGUUGUCAACCACCACCCACCAACGACUUGAAAAUAAGAGGGUUGAAGAAGCUGACAACCUUGUGUUUUACAUCUACAACAUGUGUAAAAGCAAUGUCAAUGGUAAUUUUGGCCUUAUUAAUGUGAGAGAUGUUACACAACACUAUUGUUGCAAUGUGAUCAAGAAAUUGAGCUUUAGUAUGAGGUACUUUGGGGAAGGUAAGAAGGAUGGAGGGCCAGGUUAUGAGGAAAAGGAACAUCUUGAUGCUAUUUUCACAAUGCUCAAGUACAUUUAUAACUUUAGGGUUUCUGACUAUGUCCCUUGCUUGAGGGUACUUGACUUGGAUGGUCACAAAGGCAAGGUGGAAAAGGCCAUAAAAAUCGUGAACAAGUAUCAAGACCCUAUUAUUGAGCAACGACUCAAAGAAUGGAACAAUGGGUCCAAGAUUGACAAAGAAGAUUACUUGGAUAUUCUCAUCUCACUCAAAGACGUUAACAAUAAACCGCUAUUGACAAUCGGAGAAAUUCAGGCACAAAUCACAGAGUUGAUUAUGGCGGCAGUGGAUAACCCAUCAAAUGCAGUUGAGUGGGGCCUUGCAGAGAUGAUAAACCAACCAGAGUUGCUUCAACGUGCCACAGAAGAAUUAGACACAGUUGUAGGAAAAAAAAGGCUUGUCCAAGAAUCAGACAUCCCAAAGCUCAACUACAUAAAAGCAUGUGCAAGAGAAUGUUUUCGCCUUCACCCAAUUGUGCCUUUCAAUGUUCCCCAUGUCUCUAUGCAAGACACAAUAGUGGGUAACUACCUAAUCCCAAAAGGUAGCCACAUUCUCUUAAGUAGACAAGAGCUUGGGCGAAACUCAAAAUUUUGGAGUGAUGAGCCCAACAAAUUCAAGCCAGAACGCCACCUUAAGAAUGAGGUGGUUUUGACAGAACCAGAUUUGAAUUUCAUAUCGUUUAGCACUGGACGACGUGGUUGUCCAGGAUUCAUGCUUGGCACCACAAUGACUGUGAUGUUAUUUGCUAGGUUGCUUCAUGCCUUCACUUGGACUACACCACCUAAUGUGUCACACAUCAACCUUGCUGAGUCCAAUGAUGAUAUAUUUCUCGCUCAUCCACUUGUAUUAAUAGCAAAGCCAAGAUUAGCACCAGAGCUUUACACCAAAUGAUUUAAAGUGUAGUUGGUUAGGUUAUUUUGAAUAAAUAAUCACUUUUUAGGGAUAUAAAGCACAUGAAAACAUAAGAAAAGAAGUUGAAUUGUGUUUAGAAAUAAAUCCUCUAGAAAUCAUAAAACCUUUUGUAUGA